AUGCCUCCUCAACAUCAAGACAUCACCACUUCUAAUACUUCUCAGAAACAGCAAGAACGAGAAGACGUCAGCACACCCCCCUCAGGCAGAAGCAGCUUUCUCUUUCCUAGUUCCCAACAAAUGGAUCCCAACCUUCCGCCACCCUCCCGCUCGAUGCGCCGAGAAUCCUUUAUUGUUCAAUUUGCCAAGACCAAAGGGCCUCCUCAGAUUACCAUGAUUAUGAUGUUGGUGGCCAUUGGAUUGGGAUCGACCAUUGGCGUGGUUCCCGCCGUCAUGUCGGAUCGGUUUGCCCGAUUGAAUCAUGGAUACACUGGUUUGGAGGCGUGUGCGGCAUUGAGUGUGAGCGAAAAACCGGCGGCUUGCUUUGCGGGGAGUGCGGAUGCCCAAAAUGCCGCGGCAGAAGCCAGUCUGGCCAUGAAUGUCUUGACGUUUUUGACAUCCUCCUUGAUGGGAUCGUUGAGUGACGAACAUGGUCGAAAAGCGAUUUUGGUUGUUGGACUCUUCAUCUCCAUGUUAUCACCCUUGAGUCUCUUCGUGAUUCAAUUGGUCCCCACGCUGAAUCCUUGGUGCUAUUAUGGAGUCCACAUUACGACAGGCUUUGUCAAUUGGGUGGCCGUCGCCUUGUCCUCCUUGAAUGAUGUCUUGCCCCAACGGUUCCGAGCUCCGGGAUUGGGCUUGUUCUUGGCGGGAUUCAUGUUGGGAUUUUCCUUGGCGCCCAUCUUUUCCACCUUUUUGAGCAAUGUGCACUUGGCGCUGGUUAGUUUUCUAGUAUCCUUUGCGGGAUUUGUCUGUACCAUUUUUGUCGUGCCGGAAACCUUGCCACCCCACGUGGCGGCCGAAGCGAGGAGGCGACGCAGUGAACUAUAUCACAACCAAAACGACACAGGAGCAUCCUUUCAAACCCGACUCCAAAAUAACAUCAAGUGGCUCAUCAUUCGGCCGAUUCGAGAACUUUCCAUUCUCAAUCGGAAUACUUUUUUCCGUUUGAUUUCUCUGCUUGCCUUUUUCUCUGGCAUGGUCUCCUCGGGUGAUCAAUUGCUCUUGGUCUAUUACCUCGAAGAACAGUUGGAUUUCACGAACAAGGAUGUGGCUACCAUGUUUUUGAUUAUUGGUAUCAUGGGCAUGAUGGCCCAAGCCAUUGUUCUAAAGCCAUUGAAUGAGUGUAUCGGAGAGAAAUUGGUUGUGGCCUUAUGCUUUUUCAUCGGGGCUGUGGACAAUACCAUGUAUGGAAUUGCGACCAAUAAGGGAACCAUUUUUGCCGCGGUGGCUCUCUCCGCCUUUACGGGAAUGGCAUUUCCAACCAUUUCGGCAAUUAAGAGUAACAAUGUGGACGAAUCCGAACAAGGACGCAUUCAAGGAGCCUUGUAUUCUCUCCAAGCUUUGGCGUCUGGGGUUGGUCCAGUCUCACUGCGAUAUGUUAGUAGCAUUACCAAGGAUGGUCCAUUGGGUCCCGGAAGCAUGUUUGUUUUUGCCGGUGGCUUGUACUUGUGUGCUGUGGCAGCAGCUCUGGCGCUACCCAAGGAGUUGGCCAAUUCACGUCGGAAUCACGAGGAUGACGAUGAUGGCCUAUUUCUUGACGGCGGAAAUAACGAAGACUACAUUCCAUUGUACGAAGCCUCCGGUCUCAUGGAUGGGGCUCCGAACGAAGAUUCCCUCCGAACCAAUGGUUCCUAUGGAUCGACAUGA